AAUUAAACUGUUAUAUUGUUUUCCUGGGUAGACGUUUCGCACGUGUUUUCUACAAUUGCAGUGCGAUAUGGAGAGGAAAAUUAAGUUUUUGGUAGCUGAUACAGCUGCAUUUAUUGAAAAUGCACCUCUGCAGGAUAUUGCUGAGAAUGUGAUAACAAUCACGGAAGUUCUCGAUGAGAUCAAGAGUAAACGUCAACUCCGGAGACUUGUGGUGCUCCCAUUUGACCUGAAAGUACAGGAACCAUCUCCUGAAAAUAUCGCCUAUGUCAGGGAAUUUUCCAAGAAAACCGGUGACUAUGCUAGUCUGUCGGCAGUUGAUCUGAAAGUUGUUGCCUUGACCUAUCAAUUGGAGAAGGAAAAUGUUGGAACAGAGCAUUUGAGAAAAGAGCCCUUGAUGUCCAAGACUGUUGUGAGGAAACCAGAGAAAGAUGCUCUGGAGAACUGCAAAUUAAUGGGCUUCUACAUGCCCAAGGAGAAGGGUGAAAAAGAAGAGGAAAAUGAAGUGGAAGAAACUGAAGAGAUUGAGGAGAAGUCUAAUGCUCUCCUGGGCGAAGAAGACACUCAGGAGGAUGAGGAAGAGUCUGAAGGGGAAGAUGAACAAGUGAAUGAACUCACAGAGGACUUCAACACACUGAAUUGUGAUGAGAUUCUGAGGAAACACGAAGAUUCAGAUGGAGAACAAGAUUCUGGAGCUGAGGAAGCUGAAACGGAUUCAGACGAUGAUGGAGGCUGGAUAACACCAUCAAACAUUAAACAGCUGAAAAAAGACAUGGGAUUCGACGUAAAAGAGGAAAAGCCGGCAAUUGUGGCUUGUGUCUCAACUGAUUUUUCCGUUCAGAAUCUCCUGAAGCAAAUUGGACUGAAUCUCUCUGCUCUGGACGGUCGUGUAAUCCGUCAAUCACGAAUGUUUGUCCUUCGAUGCUAUUCCUGCUUCAAAAUAACCACCCUAAUGCACAAAAUGUUCUGCCCAAAAUGCGGCAAUAAAACUCUGAAGAGAUGUGCUGUCAGUAUCGAUGAAAAUGGCCAGCAAGUGGUUCACAUAAACUUCCGCAAACCCAUAACGGCCAAAGGGAAGAAUGUCUCCUUGCCACUUCCCCGUGGAGGAAAACAUUCCCGGAAUCCUCUUUUGGUUGAAGAUCAACCAAUGCCUCAGCAAAUGCCAUCACGGGUGGCUCGUACUAAAACCGACGCUCUCCAUGAGGACUACACAGCCGGCUACUCACCUUUUGUCACUCGCGAUGUCAAUUCCAAAUCGGCCAUGCUGAGGAAUCGAGGACACAUCAAGGACUGGCUGAGGAAUCAUGAGUACGUCAACAGCAGGCGCGGCAGGAAGAAGUAGAUUGCACUCUGGAGGCACUAGAACUUUCGUCCAAUUGGCAGGAUUUGGUGCCAGAUAAAUGGCUUAGUCGGAGAUAAGAUAACAGUGAAGGAAUUGUCAUUGGCAAUGCUGAAAGUUCCAUCGCUAAAGGCAUCCUCAAAAGGAGUUCUCGAUGUCCUCUCGACAUUGAGAGCAACCCAAGGGACACUCGGGAAUUCAUUGAUGUACACCCUGCCGAAAAAUUUAUAUUGUGCUUUAUAAAUAAUUUUGAAUAAAUUAAUUUUCAAUUA